CUCUAUGCAGGUUGAACGAGUAUUGCCACAUUGGAUGUCUAACCCAAUAAGGUUUGGACGAGAUAUUCAAGGAGAAAAAGUUCCUCUGGAUUCAAUGCCUGGCAUUGAUACUGUUCUCAAGAAAGCUCUGAAGAAGCGAGAAAUAGAGCAUUUCUUUCCUGUUCAGAAGUGCGUUAUUCCAGAACUUUUAGCCAGUGCCAGUUCUAUAUCAACAAGGUUUCGACCAAGAGACAUAUGUGUGUCUGCUCCUACUGGGAGUGGAAAGACGUUAUGUUAUGUUCUUCCAAUCAUACAAGCCUUGAGCAACAGAAAUGUUCAAAGAAUACGAGCCCUGGUGCUCUUACCUGUCCAGGAAUUGGCAAUGCAAGUGUAUAAAGUCUUUCAGACUUAUGCUGUUCUUAAGCAGCUAAAGAUUGGUUUGGUAAGUGGUGUAAAGCCUUUCAGGGAAGAGCAGCAGGCUUUGGUCCGUCAUGACUACGCUGGCUACUAUUCACUGGUUGAUAUUCUAGUUGCUACACCAGGAAGACUGGCUGAUCACCUGAACUUCACCAAAGGCUUUGAUCUUUCAUAUCUGAGGUACCUGGUACUGGACGAAGCUGACCACAUGUUAGCAACCAGCGGAGGGGAAUGGAUUAACCGAAUUGAACAGAGUAUUAAGGACCAAAAUGUUGUAGAGAAUGGGAUAAUAGGCCUUCAGGGAAUAGGAGCAAUAAAUUUUCCUAAGCCUCCACUGCAUCGACUCCUGUUUUCUGCAACCUUGACAAAUAAUCCAGAACAAUUAAAGCAUGUCCCACUUUAUAGGCCUAAACUCUUCACAACAGGUGAUAGUCCUCAAGGUGUGACAAGUUCUGAAGUGACAAAGUACACUAGGCCAACAGAACUAACUGAAGAAUUUACUGUUGUUGAAGAGUCUGUAAAGCCACUUGUCAUUAAUCACUUGAUACAAUCUAGAGGGUGGAGUAAGGUCCUGAUAUUCACUAAUUCUCUUGAGACCACACAUAAACUGACAAUCCUGCUCAGUUUGAUUGCAAAGGAUAUGAAGAUCAGGGAAGUUUCCAAGUUUGUUGAUAAGAAGAAAAGAAAACUUAUUGUUGCAGACUUUUUAUCUGGAGACAUAAACAUCCUUGUGGCCA